CACCUCUAAGUUUCUUAGUGGAAACAGAUCAAAUCAUACAAAAGGUUCCGAUAAGCUAACAAACAUGACUGGUCCCUUUGACGAUAAGUACGGUUAUGAUUAUGACCCGCUUAACAGUCCCUCAAGACCUCAAGCUGCUGCUGUUGGCAACCACUCACCAAGAAGAAUGAACAACAGUACGCUUUCCGGGUUUAAUGGCUUCCCAGCUCCUGAGUCAUCUGCUGGUGAGAGAUACUCACCGAAUGCCUUUGGUAGAAGACAUCAACAGCAACAGGCACAGUACCAAGAGUCGUACUACACGCCAACCUCGUCUCCAACCAAGACAGUACACUAUCCACAGCAACAGACUCCGAUAGAAUCUCCUGUUCACGGUAUGACUCCAAGAAAACAAUGGACGGAGCUGGAGUCACCAAAGCGAAACAAGGAGAGUACUGUCAUUGUGAUUGACGAUGACGAAGAUGAUGAGGAUUACCAUAGAUCUGCGUUCUACGGUGGAGCCAACCGCUCCCUGAGUAGAAACUCAGAAUCGACGGUAUCCUCCUCGAGAAUCCUCCCUCCUCCGAAGCCAAUCUUCUCAGCAUCCACAUUUGCUGCUGCAAACACACUCUCUGAGCAAAAUACCCCGGCGCUGGAAAGCAAUGACAGAGUUCCUUCUGGCUCUACUGUCCAUUCCGGUUCUUCCAGUGAUCAGAGCUAUGUCGAAAAGGUUAGAACCCUUACCUCAAACUUCAGUGGUGACACAUAUGAGGGAUAUUGGGAAAACGAAGAUAUCUUUGAUGAAAAGGAAUACCAAGUCCCAGCUACUGCUCAACCUCGUCGUCAUAAAUCGGUUCUCGUGAAGAAGAAAUGUACACCAGAGAAUGGUAACUUGGUCCUGGAAAAUCCAGUUCCCACCAAGUUAGCUUCUAUUCUACCAAGAAGAGAUGAGGACGAAUUCCUCUUUAUGAGAUACUCUGCUUGUACUGCAGAACCUCACGAUUUUGAAACUGCAGGAUUUACGUUGAGGGCUGCUAAGCUCAACAGAGAAACUGAAGUGUGCAUCUGUAUUACCAUGUACAACGAAUCUGAAGUUGACUUCACCAGAACAAUGCAUGCUGUUAUGAAGAACAUUGCCCAUCUAUGUGAGAGGAAGAAGUCGAGAAUAUGGGGGCCAAACGGAUGGAAAAAGGUCCAGGUUGUCAUUGUCAGUGAUGGCCGUGGUAAGAUCAACGACAACGUUCUUGAUGUUUUAGGUGCCAUGGGUGUGUACCAAGAUGGUAUUGCCAAAUCCUUCGUGAACAAGAAGGAAGUGAAGGCUCAUAUCUUUGAGUACACUGCUCAAGUGUCGCUCAAUGAGGACUUGGAGAUUCAUUCUUCUGAAUCUGGUAUAGUCCCUGUCCAAAUUCUCUUCAUGUUGAAGGAAAAGAAUAUGAAGAAGAUCAACUCUCAUAGAUGGUUCUUCGAGGCCAUUUGUCCGGUUUUGGAUCCAAAUGUCGUCGUAUUGCUGGAUGUGGGUACCAAGCCAAAUACCAGUGCCAUUUACCACUUAUGGAAGGCAUUUGACAACGACUCCAAUGUCGCAGGUGCUGCUGGUGAGAUUAAGGCAUUAAAAGGAAGAUUCUGUAAGAAAUUACUAAAUCCACUUGUUGCAUCUCAGAACUUUGAGUAUAAGAUGUCCAAUAUCCUGGAUAAGCCAAUGGAAUCAUCUUUUGGUUAUAUCUCGGUGCUUCCAGGUGCUCUCUCGGCUUAUAGAUUCAAGGCAUUGAAGAACCAUGAUGAUGGAACUGGACCAUUGAAUUCCUACUUCAAAGGUGAAUUGUUGAAUGAUGGGCCAAACAAAGAUGUGUUUUCUGCAAACAUGUACCUGGCAGAAGACAGAAUCCUCUGUUGGGAACUAGUUGCCAAAAAGGAUGCGAGAUGGCUGUUGAAGUACGUUAAGGAAGCCAAGGGUGAAACAGAUCUUCCAGAGACAGUUGCCGAGUUUGUCUCCCAGAGAAGAAGAUGGCUUAACGGUGCACUCUUUGCUGCAUUGUAUUCUCAAUUACACUUCAGACAGAUCUGGAACACAUCUCAUUCCUUCACGAGAAAGUUCUUCUUCCACAUUGAAUUCUUCUUCCAAUUCGUUCAACUUUUAUUCUCGUGGUUCUCAGUCGCAAACUUUUACCUGACCUUCUAUUACCUGACAGGUGCUUUGACAAAUAACAACUUGAUCCCACACAAUGGAGGCUUCUGGAUCUUCACGAUUUUGAACUACAUAUGUCUGGGAACGAUUUGUUCUACUUUCAUUGUCUCUAUGGGUAACCGUCCACAGGGUGCCCAAUACCUGUUCAUCACAAUCAUGACACUGUUCGCCAUCAUUUCAUGUUUCACCAUUAUCUUGGGUUUCGUUUCCGUUGCGAGAACUAUGCAAAAUGAUGCUGGAACAACUGCAUUCUUCAACGUGAUUGUCUCGUUAUUAUCAACAUAUGGUCUCUAUGCCUUUAUUUCCAUUGUGUAUUUGGACCCAUGGCACAUCUUGACCUGCUCAGUGCAAUACUUCCUUCUUCUGCCAUCAUACACAUGCACAUUGCAGAUCUUUGCCUUCUGUAACACACAUGAUGUCUCCUGGGGUACUAAAGGUGAUAAUGAUCCAGCAAAGAGUUUGGGUUCUGCCAUCAUCAAGAAGGACAGUGAAGGUCGUGAAAUCGUUGAGGUUGAAAUGCCAGUUGAUCAAGUUGAUAUUGAUUCUGCUUACACAGGAACGCUGAACAAUAUCUCCAUCCAAAGGGUUAGAAAUAAGAACCCUGAGAAGGAGCCUAAGAAGGAAAUCCCAUCAGAGGACUACUACCGUGAUGUCAGAACACGUGUUGUCCUCUUGUGGUUGAUCACCAACAUGGUAUUGAUCAUGAGCAUCAUCCAGGUUUACUCGCCAGGUGAUGUAUACGAGAACAAGUACUUGGCUUUCAUCCUUUGGUCAGUCGCUGCCCUGGCCUUGUUCAGAGUGCUCGGAUCUCUUGCCUACUUGUUCACCAAGUACUUGCGUUCGUUCAUGGAGGCGAGACAGAAGAUGAAGGACAGUGGAGAUUACAACUUCUCCUUCAAGAGCAUAUUCAGAAGAGAUGACUAGUGAGCGAAGAGCAAUGAUAAAUACCCUGUAUAUUACUUUUUGGAAUUACACAUCAUGAGACAC